AUGUUAAUGAUCACACCACAGAUUACUAAAGUCAGGGACGUCUGCUUCACUCAGCAGGACGCCUUCACCCUGAGGACCGCAGCUGUGAACAGGAGGCACAGCGCUGAUGGCACCAUGGGUUCAGGAUCAGGGUCAGCAGUUGGCAGAGGUCCCGUCGAUUCCGACCGAUUCCACCCAUACCGCAGACAGUACGGAGAUGGAGCAGCGACGGCCGCAAGUUGCCUCCAGCAGUGCUCUUCUUCCUUCAGCUGUCUGCAGGAGGGGUUCAGUCCAGACCCAAGUUCACCGGGGUCCAGCAGCGAGGGGCCACCACCACCCUGGGACCAAUACAACAGCAGCAUUCAGAGUUCGUACCCAGAGCUACCAGCUGUACCAGUGGAGCCCUCCUGCUUCCUGUCUCAGAGUUACCCAUCUUACAGCUCAUCCAGGCCUCUACCACAGGUCUCGUCCAGACUCUACUCUAACAAUGAGCCUUCCAACAGCUCCAAAUAUUCUCUCCAAAGUCUCUCCACUCAAUCUCAUCAGGAGAGCAUCACUCAGUCCCUCUUCCCUAAACCCAUCUACUCUUACAGUAUCCUGAUCUUCAUGGCUCUGAAGAGUAGUAAAACAGGAAGUCUGCCCGUCAGUGAGAUCUACAGCUUCAUGACGGAACACUUCCCAUAUUUCAAGACAGCUCCCGAUGGUUGGAAGAACUCAGUGCGUCACAACCUCUCCCUGAACAAGUGCUUUGAGAAGGUGGAGAACAAAAAUGGGAACUCGUCCCGUAAAGGCUGUCUGUGGGCUCUCAAUCCUGCCAAGGUGGCGAAGAUGCAGGAGGAGCUGCACAAGUGGCGACGCAAAGACCCCAUCACUGUUCGCAGAAGCAUGGCGAAGCCAGACGACCUUGAUCGUCUUGUGGGAGAGAGACCAGACAAGCUCAGAUCUUUACCUCCUUACACCAGCUCAUCCCUCUUAUCCAGAGUGACUCCAUUUUACAGCACCUCCUCGUCUUCUUGCAACCCGGCCCAGCUCCGACCGCCCUGCCAACCUGUGCGGCGUCCACAUUACAACCAUAUUCUGCCACAGCAGCCCCGCUACAUUCCCCCCACCACAGAUCACCCCGGCAACUCAUUUGCCCUGUGCUCGCCCUGUGGACAGCAACCUCCAGCUAGAGGCCUGAACUCAUUCCUAGCAGGAAAGAUGCCACCGGUUUAUAAUUCUGCUCUGCAGGCUGAUUACAGUGUUGGCCCCAGGAGUAUGCAGGACUUACUGUUGGAGGGAGAUGCCAGUUAUGACAUUGACACGUUUAACACCUGUCUGACUGACCUGCAGCUGCAAGGUAACCUCUGGGAGGAGUUGAGGGAGGACACCCUGGUGUCAGAUCCACAAGUUACCGCUGCAUCGCUGUCCACCCCUCCUGUCCUGCAGGAGCCCCACAUCCAGACCGGCUGCCUGCAGGUGAUGCUGCCUGUGGGUCAGACGUCACAGGUGACUGCUGUGGGUCGAUGUAAAGCCGGGUAUGAAGACGAGGAUGCCGGCGGUGGACGAAGCUUGGAGCAGCAUGGCAGUUUGAAUGGACUUCAUCCUGUGGCUUAUUCAGGGGUGGAGAACAUGGCUGGUUAUCUGACCUCCUGCACCACAUCCAUCUCCUUAAUGUAAAGACCUGACGGCUGAUCAUUGUCCCUGAAAACUGAUAUUUAACAGAAUGUGAAAAAUUAUAACAAGCAGCUUUGUGCCAAAGUAUUAGUGUGCUGGUUAUUCAACCCACGAGAUUCUCUGUGGAGGAAAUGAUGUAAACAUAUUCACUGUUUGCAUUCACAAAAAUAUCUCUUAUUACACAUUUUUUUCAAUUUCAAAAAUAUUCUUUCCCCCAUUCUGUUUAUUUACAAGAGAUGAUAUAUGGU